AUGGAGAGACAGCAAAGGUUUAUGUCAGGGAAGGAUGAGUAUCAGUUUCAGCAUCAGGGAGCAGUGGAGCUGCUUGUCUUUAAUUUUUUGCUCAUCCUUACCAUUUUGACAAUCUGGUUAUUUAAAAAUCAUCGAUUCCGCUUCUUGCAUGAAACCGGAGGAGCGAUGGUGUACGGCCUCGUAAUGGGUUUAAUUUUACGAUAUGCUACAGCACCAACUGAUAUUGAAAGUGGAACUGUCUACGAUUGUGGAAAACUGAUCUUCAGUCCAUCAACUCUGCUAGUUAAUAUCACUGACCAGGUUUAUGAAUAUAAAUACAAGAGAGAAAUAAGCCAGCACAACAUCAACCCUCACCAAGGCAAUGCUAUACUUGAAAAGAUGACAUUUGAUCCAGAAAUCUUCUUCAAUGUUUUACUGCCACCGAUUAUAUUUCAUGCAGGAUAUAGUCUAAAGAAGAGACACUUUUUUCAAAACUUAGGAUCUAUUUUAACAUAUGCCUUCUUGGGAACUGCCAUCUCCUGUAUCGUCAUAGGGUUAAUUAUGUAUGGUUUUGUGAAAGCUAUGAUGUAUGCUGGCCAGUUGAAAAAUGGAGACUUUCAUUUCACUGACUGUUUAUUUUUUGGUUCACUGAUGUCUGCUACAGACCCAGUGACCGUACUGGCCAUUUUCCAUGAACUGCACGUCGACCCCGACCUGUACACACUCUUGUUUGGAGAGAGCGUGUUGAAUGAUGCAGUGGCCAUUGUCCUUACAUACUCUAUAUCCAUUUACAGCCCCAAGGAGAAUCCAAAUGCAUUUGACACUGUGGCGUUCUUCCAGUCCGUGGGGAAUUUCCUGGGGAUCUUCGCUGGCUCAUUUGCAAUGGGUUCCGCGUAUGCUGUUGUCACAGCGCUGUUGACCAAAUUUACCAGGCUGUGCGAGUUCCCGAUGCUGGAAACAGGCCUCUUUUUCCUCCUCUCCUGGAGCGCCUUCCUGUCUGCCGAGGCUGCUGGCCUAACAGGUGUUGUCACUGUGUUAUUCCUUCANGUCACACAGGCACAUUAUACCUACAACAAUCUGUCUUCGGAUUCGAAAAUGAGGACCAAACAGCGUAGGCUUGACUGGGGCACCUUUGCCAGUGCCAUGUAUCUGUCCUUCUCCCAGCCAAAGAACAAGCCCAAGUGUUGA